AUGCACGUCGGUAUCGUUGGAGCAGGUGUAUCGGGCCUAUACACCGGUCUUCUUCUACAACGUGAAGGCCAUAAAGUCACCAUUUUCGAGGCUGCGAACCGCGUAGGUGGCCGCAUCUAUACUUACCGCUUUACUCCACAGGCCAAGUUGGCAGACCCCUACUUUGAAGCUGGGGCCAUGAGAAUUCCAAGGUCGUCGCUGCACUCAAAAGUCUUUGACUUUAUCCGCUACCUCAACACACACGGCUCUGCUGAGCAAAAGGUUGAGCUCAUUCCGUACAUUCUCGACCAUGAGAACAACCGCUCCUUCUUUCAAGGCCGCAAAGGCAUGUUGCAGGACCCUCACUGGGCGGCCGAGGCCCAGCUGCCUGCUGCCUAUCAGCACAAGUCUCCGCAACAACUCCUCGGGGAGGUUGUGAUCCCUUGGCUGAGCCUACUUCGUCAGGAUUUUGAAGCUGGGUUCGAAAAACUGCUUCAAUACGACGAAUAUUCUUUUCGAUCAUAUCUGCGAAGCGUUAUUGGAUGGCCGCACGAGGUCAUUGAGUUUGUUGAGCUGUUUUGCUCGCAGACGAAUCAAUAUGAUCUCGGUUUUACCGAGAUCAUAAUGCAGAAUCUGGAUUUCGACACUAAAGAUUGGGCGACGGUUCGAGAUGGCAUGUCGCGGAUACCGCAAUGCGCCGCCUCCAUCAUUGGCUCCAAAAACAUACGACUCAAUGCGUGCGUGGACCACAUCGCUUAUUUGAACGAUGGGCGGGUUCAGCUGUCGGCACGAGGUCUUCACAGCGAAAGAUAUACCGCCGCAUUUGACACUGUCGUCGUCGCCACGCCGCCGUCUGCUCUCUAUAGUAUCGUCGACCGACCCCAGUGGUCGUUUAUGAAGGAGCAAGCCAUCCGCGGUAUCCACUACGAGCCCCUCUAUAAGAUUGGGCUGCAUUUUCGAACUCGUUUCUGGGAGCAAUCUAGAGUGAACCCCUGUUUUGGCGGCCAAAGUACGACAGAUCUCCGCUUCCGCUGGAUUGUCUUCCCUUCCAACGACAUGGGUGGCAACGGCUCCGGAGUCUUGCUACUCUACUGCUGGAUGGGGGACGCGUCGAAAUGGGCCAGGCUUUCACGGCCUGAGAGGGUCAAUCUCUGCUUGCAUGACUUGAACAAGUAUUAUGCAGAUGACGCCGAGGUUGACAUUUAUCAGCAAUUUAUUGAAGCGUUUGACAUGAUGUGGGUGACGGAAUCGUGCGGUGGCGAUGCCAUGUUCCUUCCGGGACAAUUCUCGCGCUUCCACGAAAUAGCCAGGAAGCGAGAGGGUCAGAUCUUUUUCGCCGGCGAGCACUUGUCCAAGCAUCAUACCUGGAUUGCUGGCGCCAUCGACUCGGCACUCCACACGACUGCCGAGAUCCUGGACCGCCCUCUUGAUGGUAAGAAAAAGAGCAGGAUGCAGCAGGCAGGGCUUAAACCGGAUUCAACAUUGGCUGCUCUCGGCCGAGAGUUUCUCACGCCAGACGAGAAACAAUUUAAGAAUACGACGGCCAUUAGCUCACGAAGAUUCAAGGCUUGUGUGAUUCCCAAAAACAUGAACAUACAGUAUGUAGAGAUGUUUUAG